AUGGCCGGCGUCACGUCUGUACCAGCUGACCAUCAGGAUGAAUUGGCAGAAAAGGAUCAGAAACGGCGACCUGGUCAGGGAGACGGAAGUAGUUCACAGGAUAUUCUCCCUACAGUGGCUGAAGGUGAUCUCAGGAAAUCUCAUGACUUGGAAAAGCAACAGGAAUCGCUCCCUGGUGAAGAAUUCAUGCCCCAAGAUGUGGCGGACAUGACGACCGAGCAAGUUUCCGACAAAGGCUUUGCACCGUGGAUUUUUGUGCUGAGUGCUCACCUCGCCAUCAUGGAUAGUUGGUGA